UAUGCCACAAGAGCAGAUAUCUGAAUAUUAACAGAUAGAAGUGGGAAGAAAGACUGAUAGAUAAUACAUGGCUGAAGAGAAGAACACUGAGGUUUCUGUGCCUGAAUUGGGCAAAACAGCAGAGGAAAGGCCCAAAUGGGACAACAAGGUUCAAUAUCUUCUAACAUGUAUUGGAUUUGCUGUGGGAUUGGGGAAUGUAUGGCGCUUUCCAUAUUUGUGCCAGACAUACGGAGGGGGUGCCUUCCUAAUCCCUUAUAUUAUUGCGCUGAUCUUUGAGGGAAUCCCGUUGCUGCACAUGGAAUUGGCAAUCGGGCAGCGCUUACGUCAAGGAAGCAUUGGGGUUUGGAAUUCUAUCUCACCUUUCCUGGGAGGAGUGGGUAUUGGCUCUCUCAUAGUGUCUUUCUUGGUUGGUUUAUUCUACAACACUAUUCUGGCCUGGGUCCUCUGGUAUUUCUUCCAUUCCUUCCAAGACCCUCUUCCCUGGAGGGACUGUCCACUCAACCAAAACAAGACAGGAUACAUUGAAGAAUGUGCUAAAAGCACGCCUGUGAACUAUUUCUGGUAUAGAGAGACCCUCAAUGUUACACCUAAUAUUACUGAUAAUGGGGAUCUGCAGUGGUGGAUGGUUAUUUGCCUGGCAAGUGCCUGGGGCAUUGUAUACAUCUGUUUCAUCCGAGGCAUUGAAACUAUUGGAAAGGCUGUUUACGUCACUGCCACUUUCCCCUACCUUGUCCUCACCAUAUUUCUCAUCCGUGCCCUGACACUUCCUGGAGCAACUGAAGGCCUAGUGUACCUCUUCACCCCUAAAGUGCAAGUGCUAAAAGAUCCUAAAGUAUGGCUGGAUGCUGCCACCCAGAUUUUUUUCUCUUUAUCUCUGGCAUUUGGAGGUCUUAUUGCAUUUUCCAGCUACAAUCCACAAAAAAAUAACUGUGAACGAGAUGCAGUCAUAGUUGGCGUGAUAAACAGUGCAACCUCCAUCUAUGCAUCAAUCCCUAUUUUCGCUAUUCUUGGCUUCAAGGCAACUUCUAAUUAUAAUGACUGUCUGGAUGGAAAUAUACUUUCAAUCACUAACGCGUUUAACAUUGGAGAUCAAAAUGUGACAAGGGAAAACUACGACAGCUGGUUGAAGCACCUGAAUACCACCCACUCUCAAGAAAUUGAAGAUCUGCAUCUGAAGCACUGCAACCUUCAAGAAUUUCUUGAUCAGAGUGCUUCAGGCACUGGCCUGGCCUUCAUCGUCUUCACGGAGGCUGUGAUCAAGAUGCCGGGCUCUCAGGUGUGGGCUGUGCUCUUCUUUGUAAUGCUCUUCAGCUUGGGUCUAUCGUCCAUGUUCGGAAACCUUGAGGGAAUCCUCACGCCGCUAUUAGAUCUGCAUGUGGUGCCUAAAUGGUUGCCUAAAGAGGCUUUCACAGGGUUGAUUUGCUUGAUAUCCUUUUUGUUUGCCCUGAUUUUUACAAUGGGAUCUGGAAAUUACUGGCUUGAGAUUUUCAACAACUAUGUGGGAUCCUUGCCUCUUCUAAUUAUUGCCUUCUUUGAGAUCAUCAGUGUGGUUUACAUUUAUGGAAUUGGAAGAUUCAGUGAUGAUAUAGAAUGGAUGACUGGCCGACGUCCUAAUCUGUACUGGCAGGCGACCUGGAGAGUAAUCAGCCCUGGGAUGUUGCUGGUUGUGUUUUUGGCAUAUAUCGUGGUGCAGGUUCAACAACCUGCUACCUAUGCAGCAUGGAAUCCUAACUAUAUUAACUUCCCUAUGACUGAAACAUUGGAUUAUCCCGGCUGGGUAUUUGCAAUCUGCAUUCUGCUGUCAUCCGUUCCCUGUAUAUUUAUCCCAAUUGUAGCCAUUUAUAGGUUUAUUCAGUGGAUAAUGAGGAGAGUACAUCAAAGCCAGAAUCGCAAUCCUUGUGAGAACCAUGCAUAUGAGCCUGAACUUCAGUAAAGUUAAAAGCAAUUUCAUUGUAUUAUUAUUAUUAUUAUUAUUAUUAUAUAUUUUUUUUCAAAACCAUUUUACUUCCCAAGGAGGGAUAAUGUUUAGGGUGGAGUGGACUGAAGAACACAUUGCCUCACUGCUAUAUAUAAAUGGCAGUUCAAUAAACCUUAAAGCUAGUUUACAUUUGUGAGGUGUUUGUGUUUAUGUGCAUUUCUUGACAAAGGGUGUAUGUUCAUUCAGGUUAUCAUUUUUUAUUUUUAUUUAACCUUUAUUUAACCAGAAAGCCCCAUUGUGAUUAAAAUCUCUUUUUCAAGGGAGAGCAUAUAAUAAAAAAAGAAAUCAAAGGAAAAACACACACAUACAAAUAAGCACAACCAAGACAACAGAGUUACAAGGAACAGCUUAGGCACACCGACCAAAAUAAAAACAUGUCUCAGCUACAUGGAGGUCAAUUUUUGUGUUUGAACUCCUUUAAAGGUAUAAAGAUUCAGUUUUUACUGAAGUUUAUUCCAAGACCAUGGAGCUAGAAUUGUUUCCAAAUUCCCUAUGAACUUUAGGAACUGGAAAACUCAGAAUAGUCUGAGAUCUAAGAUUAUAAGUAUACUAGAGGUAAUUAGCAAUUAAUUAAGAUAAUUUAGGGUUUUGCCAAGGAUAACCUCAUAAACAAUGAUGUACCAGUGUUUCAAUCUUCCUGAAGAUAAAGAAGUCAGAAUAGCCAAUCUAUAUAAAUCACAAUGAUGAAUAGAAUAACCCAGGCUGGUUAUAAAUCUCAGUGCAGAAUGGUACAAAGAAUCCAGCUUUCCAUUUCAACUCCACUUUGUCAUCUGUAACAUUGAAUCCAGGCUGACAAGCCCAUAUUUAGUCAACAGUGUUUCUUUAUCAAAUUGAGAAACUAAAUUAAAAUACAAAACAUAAGGCUAUAAGAAAAUCAUGGUUCCUAAUACACUGAAAAAUUCACUGGACAAAACAUUAAUCUACAUGACUGUUGAGUUCUGACUGAUGAUUUUGAAGUUAUGGAUGAAAAAAAAUAAAUAAAUAAAUCAUAGUUAAAAGAUUCUGAUGGGAUAGGUAAAUGUUUUGAUUUAAAUAACCCUGUAAAAAAAUAGCUUAAGCUGUCACUUGUUAUACUCUAAGUAUUUUUACUGUAUGAAUGUAUUAAAAUAUGUUGAAUUGA